UAUCCAGCAUCGCUCAGCAACAUCUCUAUAAAUUGUUUAAACACAUCUUGAUGCAGAGUGGCUGAAUCAUCCAGUGUUACAGGAAGAUUGUGACAUAUUACUAAACUUUUGGGAUGAGAAAGAAAAUAUGAAGGGCUUUCAUGUAUUCUAAAUCAUGGCUCUUGCAGGAAAUCAUAAUUUUCUUCAAACGUUAAAAACGAGGUUCAGUCUGUGUGUCAGAUGUAAUAAAUGCUGUAAAAAACACAAUGAGAUUUCAUACUCACUUAACCAGGUCAUCCAUGACUGUUCCGAAGACAUCUUGCUGAUCAAGCGGAAACGUAAAAAUUCAGUGUGGAGGCCUGUUGCCCACCGGCCAGGCCGUCCCAGACCUGGCAAGUAUGUUGUUUGUCAGUACUACACUAAAGAAACUGGAUGCAAGCAGCAUGGAAGUAGAUGUACCUUUGCUAGGAGCUCAGAGGAAGCAGCAAUAUGGAACGUCAUGAAGCAUGAAAAACUGACAAUUCCUAAGAUUGUGAAUAUGACAAAACAAAAUCAAAGGACACCACAGUCAAAGUCUCGAAGGAAAGGAGGGCAGUUUGCCUGCACAUUAUGUCAAGUCCACUUCCCGAAAGCUGAGAAACUGAUGAACCACUGUUUCACUGUGAAGCACAGGAGACUGAUCUUUGAUGAGACCUAUCAGACUUGGAAGUACCGUGAUCCGCCACCAACAUACAAGGACCUGAAAUUGUGUGGAAGAUCCCUAAUAUGCGAGUAUGGUGAUAACUGCACAAAGGCGCACAGUCAAGAGGAACUUCGUGAAUGGCAAAAAAGAAUCAAGGCUUCACGAAAAAGAGCCAGAGAUGCAGCCGAGAUGGGUCUACUGUCCUAUCAGGACAAGCUUUUGGAGGAAUACAGACACAGCAACGACAAGAAAAUUAUUGUCAGCGACACCCUUCCUGAUGUUUCUAUCAGCUGUGACACAGAUAUAGACAGUGUGUAUGUAAGGAAAAAGGGAAUUCAAUGUACAUGGAAUUUUAUCAUUAUUUCUAAGGAACCUCUAGAAGUUAUUGCUUUACUCAGAAGGGAGCUGGGGGCGACAUUCAGCCUCAGUAAAGACCCCCAUGAGGAACGGACAUAUUCCACUAGUGCUUGGUUUAAAAAGAACCAAACCGAGUAUGAAAUCCCAGUGUUCUUCAAAUCUGACCAUCCAGGCUUGUAUGAGCAGUGGGUAGUGUUUGACUUCAACACGAGACCCGUACUACGACAAAAAAUCAAGGUCAGAGUUGGAGAGGAUGAGUGUAAGGGAACAUCAGUCACGACCCCAGCACCUGAGAUUCUGCUAGAAAAACAAGAGUCUGCUAGGAAUCUUGAGCCCUGGAAUGAGGAAAGCCUGGAAAUCAUUCCUUUUGUUGAAAGAGAAGAGGCAGAGAGAGAGCUGAUAAACAGAUACAAGCUCAUCAUGAUAGAUGAGAUGAACAGUGUGAUUAACCGUGACAACUACAAACACAGCAUGCACAAUUUUUUAUAUCAGGAGCAAAAGGUCGAAGGUGAACUGCUUACCAGGCUGAAUCUACGAGGGACUGCGCAGUUGCAAAAUUGCCUGUCUGAUGACAGGUUUGGUUUAAAAUGUGCUUAUCCCGGGACACUUCUUGCUGCUGUGCCUCUGUCUCACACACUCACUCCUGAUGCUCCUCAAGGUUUCAUAGUGAAAAGACACACAAUCAGAUCUCUUGUUCAUGUUGUGAAAAACAACGAAUAUCUUGGACCUAUUUAUGAGGCUGAAUUUCUGAAAGACGCUGCCACAGAGACACAAUUACUUUUGCAGCUUUCCAAACAAUGCUGCACUGAUUUGAACCUGCAGAAUGGACAGCAGUGUGAGAUGGAAGUCCAGUUCCAACUAAAUCGUCUCUGGUUCUGUGAGAUGCACAAGGCCAUUGAUGAUCUCCCCAACUUAGACAAAGUCUUGCCUAAUCUGAAAAACAGCAAGUUCUGUAUUUCUUCCCAGUCAGAUACAGGAGAGUUAAAUGAAAAGCAGCAAGCAGCAAUGAACUUUGUUCUGGGUGUAACAGACAACAGAUGCAGCAUCCCACCUUUGUUGAUUUAUGGACCUUUUGGAACAGGGAAAACUCGAACCCUUGCCAAGAUGAUCCAGGCUCUUGUGCAGCAACCACAGAACAAAAUCCUGAUUUGCACACACACAAACAGUUCUGCUGAUCUCUAUGUAAAAGGUCAUUUUCAUGAAUAUGCAGCUGUUCAUCACGAAGCCAAACCUUUGAGAAUCAAGGCAAAGGAAAGCAAUCCCAGAUCUACUGAUACCAUCACACUACAGUACUGCCAUUUAUCCAGAGAUAGCAAUCAGUUUGAGUUUCCUGAUAAAGCUGUUUUAGAUUCCACAAGAAUCAUCAUAACAACAACUGCUGUGGCUCGUUUCUUCCAUGACAUGAAGCUCACUGAAAACUACUUCAGCCACAUUCUGAUUGAUGAAGCUUCUCAGAUGUUGGAGUGUGAGGCUCUCAUGGCACUGGGCUUAGCAGGUAAAAAUACACGUGUUGUUUUAGCAGGAGACCACAUGCAGAUGGGACCCAAGCUCUUCUCUGUGAAACAAGACAAAUGCUCAGAACAUACUCUGCUCAAUCGCCUCUUCUAUUACUAUCAAGCUGAAAACAGUGAUGGCGCCAAACAAAGCCGAAUCAUUUUCAAUGAAAACUACCGUUCCACAAAGGACAUUGUGGAUUUUGUAUCAACACAUUUUUAUGUGGGAAAGAGUGAUGUGAUCAAGGCUAGUGGAGGUGUGCCUCCUCAUCCACACCAACACGCCUUGCAGUUCCAUCAUGUAAGAGGAGAAUGCUGUUUGGACCCAACAAGCAUGUCCUGGUUCAAUCCAGCACAAGUUCUAAGUGUCGUUGACAUUGUGCAAUAUAUAUUGGAGCAAUGGCCUCAGGAGUGGGAUGGUAAAGAUCCGGAAUCAAUCUGUGUACUUUCUCAAGGCAGACAGGUGUUUGAGAUAAGGCAAAGACUGCGUCAGCUUGGACUGCCACGUUUCACUGUGGAGAAUGCCGAAAAUGUGCAAGGAAAACAGUUCAGAGUAAUAGUGAUUUCCACUGUGCACACCAAGGACAGCUUAUUGGAGAUGGACCGGACCUGUCUUGAAUUUUUCAAUGACACACGAGUGCUGAACACAGUUAUGACAAGAGCCCAGUCUCAAAUAUUUGUUGUUGGAGAUGUAGCUGCACUUUCUUGCCAACAGUUCGGUACAUGCUGGAGACUAUGGAGAUCGUACAUAGAGGAUUGCGUCAACAAGGGAAGUGCCCAUAACUUUACCUUGGAUUCUUUGAAACAAGAUCUCCUUGAGAUAUCUGAGCUCUGCAGAAGUGAGGAUGAAGAGAGCAGCGAUAGUGAAUCAACUACAUCUGAAAUACCAGACACAGAAGACCCAAUACUUCAAGAGCUUCUUGAUGAGAGCAAAGACAUCAACGUUCCAUUGACAGAGGAGGGCUUGUUUCCAGUUUUUCAACAUGAGCAAUUUGUUAGUAGUGUUAGCAACCAAAUUGCAGAAGUAGAAGAAGAGCAACUGUUGACUAACUCUAUCAUACGCAAACACUGUGAGCUGGUCAUAGAGUAUUAUGACCGUGGCUAUGCAAGACCACUUAAUGAGCCCACUCUGAGAAUCGAUAUCAAGGGUAGAAAAAAUAUUGGACAGGCAUUCCCUGGAGACAAGGUAACAGUGGAGAUCCUGAGUGAGACAUCAAAUCCUCCCAUGGGAAGAGUGAUCAGCAUCCUUGAAAGUGCGGAUACUGUCAAAGAAUUUGUCUGCACCAUUGAAAGAUAUGACAAUCAGGUGAUGACGCCUAUCAACAAAUGCAUCACCAAAAUUUUCACACCAUUUUCAAAGGACAAACCAGACCACGUUGCUGUAAGAAAUCCAGAGAACCGCAAAGUAAAGCGUUUCAUCAAAAUAAAUGAAGAAGUACGUAGAAAAUAUAUCUUCAUUGUCAGAGUCCUUAUGUGGAGAAAGACUGGCAGAAUCCCCUUGGGGACAGUUGUGGAAGUGUUUCCCAAAAUCACAACUUUAGAUAAUGGACUGAAUAUACUCAACAUAGAGUACCAGUUGAGGAGAACAUUUUCGUCAUCUUUGAGAAGUCAGAUGCAAGACAUUCAAGGUCUCAAUUCAUUUAAUAAAGGACGAAGAGAUUUUCGCAUGCUCCCAACAUUCACCAUUGAUGCUGCUGAUUCACAAGACCUUGAUGAUGCAAUCAGUGUACGGGAUUUAGGUGAAUGCUAUGAAAUAGGAGUUCACAUUUCUGAUGUUGCAAGUUUUGUGGCUAAAGACAGUGAACUGGACAAAUAUGCAAGACAGCUGUGUACUACAUUCUAUCCCAGUGGGAAGGAGCCAAUACACAUGUUCCCUAAAGAACUGAGUACCAAUUUCUUCAGUUUAAUCCCUAACCAAGACAGACGAGCCAUCUCCUUGAUAAUUCAAGUAGAUACUAAGACACACUGCAUAAAGGAAAGUUCAUUUUGGAAGUCUGUCAUUCGCUCCAAGAAGAAAUUUUCCUAUGAUGAAGCUGAGGACAUCAUUGAAAAUCAUCAGAAUUCUGACCAGCUUGAAAUCUGCCUUGUGAAAGCAUGGACCUUUGCUGAGGUCCACAGGAGAUUGAGAAAACAGGACGACUGCUACUACAAACAGCCAGAUGAAGACGUGACUCUGGGAAGAAGACAAUCUCACCUAAUGGUGGAAGAGAUUAUGAUCAUGUUUAAUCACAUGGCUGCUGAACGUCUUCUGCUUGAUGAAACAACAAGGAGCAUAACUCCAGUGAGGUGCCAGGACAGGCCAAACAGUGAAAAGCUUACUGACCUUUUUGACAAAAAUGCCUCCUUGAUUCCACUUUCUGUUCACUUCUCCAGUCAAGUUCAUGAGUGUGUGUCUCAUGAACUGAAUAACCAAGGUUUGAUCCACCGCAGAGCCAUGACAAACCCUCAGGCUUGCAUUUCUGAUUCUGAAACCUUCCCCAUAUUAAAAUCUGUUUUGAGAUGCCUGAAGACAGCAGCAGAGCAGGAAAAUAUCUACAAAAUAAUUGACUUUAUUGCAACUGAUGAGAUUCACCCCCAACUUCUCCCUUUUGCUGUUGCAUUUAGGAGACUGUUUCACAAAUCAUGUAUUCUGCGCUCAAACUCAACACAUGUCUCAAGAAUUGGGCACUAUGAUUUAGAUCUUGACAGCUAUACAUGGGCGUCAUCUCCAAUCCGCCGAUAUACAGAUGUCAUUGUGCAGCGUCUUCUUCAUUCUGUGAUUGGCAAGACAAAUGUUAGGUACACAGCUCAUGACAUUGACCUGUCUUGUAUGGAAUUUUCCAGGAAAAACGACCAACAGUCAGCAUAUGAGAGGAAAUCUAAUGCUCUACGUUUUGCAUUACAACUGUCGACCCAAAGCGAAAGGAAGGUGGCCUACAUUGUGGAACUCAAUGCAUCAGGGACAAACUUCAGAUUAUCCUUCCCACUUAACAGAACCUCAAUAUCAGAAAACUUAGACAUUAUGUACAGGGAUCUUCAGUUGGCAGAUCAACCAGAGUUUGAUGAAGCAAACAACUGCAUGAUCUUGAAAUGGGUGCGAAGGAUAUAUUCAUUUUCCAAUCCUCACAUCCUUGCUGAAGUGAAACAACAAAAUCCAAACUCAGUCAUGGCCUAUGUCUCUACAAAGACCUGGAAAUGCCUAACAGCUGCUCUUAGAGAGGAAAAUUGGGACAGAUUUUUUCCCCUGAUUGAGGAGCUUGACGUCAGCUCAAGAAUCCAUGCAAGACAAUUCAAUGAAAGACUGAGAAAUGCUAAAAGUUCAGAAAAAUCUGAUCCCAUGCAUGCUGAGCAUUAUGCCGAACUGUCGAUGAGAAUAAAGCCAGGUGAGGCAGUCGAAGUACAGCUAGGUACAGCCACGGUACGAGGACUAAUGACACCAGCAAUUCAGCUGUUUGUUGUGCAUCCAAAAUUUGAGAUUUGUUUGGAGCAUGUGAGAGAUCCAAUCAAGUGUUUUUCAAAAUAUGCAUUCCACUCAUCCAGGAAUUCAUACAAGACAUACAUGGAUUAUCAGGGAAUAUGGAAACCCAUGUGUGAAAUGGAGUCAGCCUCCAAUGCUGUUGCUGAAAAUGAGAGCAUUCUUAUUGAAGAUGCAGCCCUGAAAUGGGAAAACUCUAGUGAAAAGAAGCUUCAAGGUUACUUUCUUCUCCCACUUGACAAAAAAUCUCAGUGGUCCAUUGAAUGUGACCUUAAGAACAGUGUCCUCUGCAUUCGAACUAAGCUUCAUCAAAGUCAGAGUAGUCCCUCUCAGUGCACAGCUCUCAUGGAUAUUUCCUCUAUCACUUGGAUGGCCCAUGGCAUAAUUACAAAAGUUAAAGAAACAGGAUCCAAAGAACUGAAGAAUUUGCAAAUUGAUUUUGAGAUUAACGACAUGCCCAUGACAAAAAUUCCAGAAGCGAUAUUUGGUGAGAGGACAAGAUUUACUCUGGAGCUGAUUCCAAAGCUUCUGCCAGAUGUACGCAAAGAAAAUGCAAUUAGUAGUCUCACAAAAGCUAACCAGCUUGUGAAAACUAUAGCCAUUGGUGGAAGAAUCAACUCUGAAGGAGGAACAAAAUUUUCGAGCCAGAUGCCAGCCAGGUUUGAGAUUGACAAUUAUCUUCCUUCUGGGUUUUCCCAUCUAAACAACAGUCAGUGUAAAGCUAUAAGAGAGGCACUGGCCAACCCAUUCACUCUUAUCCAAGGCCCACCAGGCACAGGAAAAACUGUUGUUGGUGUCCAUAUUGUGUACUGGUUGUUCAAGAAUAUUCAAAAACGUCCUGCCUCCAAUUCACAGAAGACAAGAGCUGUUCUUUACUCUGGGCCUUCAAAUAAAUCUGUUGAUGUCGUAGCAGGUCAUCUCCUAAAACUUCGAAAUCAACUUAGACCUCUCAGAGUCUACAGUAAUCAGAUGGAGAUGUUGGAAUUUCCUUACCCAGGCUGCAAUCUGAAGCAGUCACGCAAUUCAAAAAGAGGCGAAAAACCCAACACAGAGCUUAGCUCCAUUGCACUUCACCACCUGAUUCGAAAAGAUGGCAACCCAUUCUCCACACAAAUACUCGCUUUUGAUCUGAAAAUUGGAAGAGGAGAUGAACUCACUAAAGAAGAAAAGAAAUUCUACAGAGAAACCCUCCAAAAGGCUCGAAAACAUGAAUUACUGCGGCAUGAUGUCAUCUUGUGCACUUGCACAGCAGCCUCACAUCCUGCCUUAGCUGAUGCCCUCGACUUCAAACAGAUCAUCAUUGAUGAAUGUGCCAUGGCAACUGAACCUGAAGCCUUUAUUCCACUAGUGGCUCAUAAGCCUGAGCAGAUUGUUCUUCUGGGCGAUCAUAUGCAGCUGCAACCUGUAAUCCACUGUGAUGUGGUGGAGCGAUUGGGAAUGAGCAAAUCUCUUUUUGAACGUUACAUGGAGAAAGCACUCUUGCUUGACACUCAGUACAGAAUGCAAGAAGACAUUUGUGCAUUUCCAUCUAAGGAGUUCUAUAAAGGAAAGUUAAAAACUGGAACAUCACCCAAACCAAGUCUCUUCCUAAGUAAAUCAAGGAAAACAUGCAUUGUCUUUGGUCAUGUUGAAGGAAAGGAGAAAAGUCUGGUGGUCCGGACUGAACGGGGGAAUGAAAAUUCAAAGGCAAACGUGGAAGAGGCAAAAGAAGUGGUGCGGAUUGCCAUUCUUUUGACUGAGGCUGGGAUAAACACAAAGGACAUUGCCAUUCUCACACCAUACAAUGCUCAAGUGGCAAGUAUUAAUGAGCUCCUGUUUGAUAAGGGUAUACGUGAUAUCACAGUCAACACCAUCAUGAGGAGUCAAGGAAGUGAAUGGAAAUAUGUCAUCAUAUCAACUGUGCGCUCUUGUCCCGAAUCUGAAAUAGAAAAACAACCAACCAAAUCCUGGAUUAUGAAACAACUUGGAUUCAUCAUGGACCCACACCAAGUUAACGUGGGCAUUACCAGGGCACAAGAAGGCCUGUGCAUCAUUGGUAAUGAGAACUUGCUGCGGUGCAGUGUGUUGUGGAGAGGACUUCUGGAUCAUUAUAAGGAGAAAGGAUGUGUAGUGAAUCCCGCCCGGAACAUCCAGGUUAAAAAAAACCACUAGAAGUCUGAGAAUGAAGAAAACUGCUAGAAGAUGAUGUGCUUCAUGCAGUUU